AUGACCGUGAGUAACAAGGACAACUCAGCUAGCUUCACAGCUCUGCAACUUUCUAUGACUACGUUGCAGACUUCCUUGGACGGAGUUCGAGCUAAAUUAGUUGCCGUAGAAGAAGAGAAUGUUAAGAUAAAAGAAGAGUGUCAUAAGCUGAUGGGAGCCAACGAGAAGUUAUCAAGACGAGUGUCGGAUCUGCAGUGGGAGGUCAUGGAGAUGGAGCAACAUGCGAAGCUCCAGAACCUCGAGAUCCGGGGCAUUCCUGUCACAGCCGGAGAAGAUGUCUACAUGGUGCUGAGGGAGGUUGCUCGGGCUCUCAAGGUGAGGUAUGAACAACGAGACAUCUCCAUCGCACAUCGUCUGCCACAGCCGAGAAACAAGAAGUUCCCGCCAACCAUCAUCGUUCAAUUCGUCAAUAGAACUACGAAAGCUGAGUGGCUGGCUGCUGUGAAGACAAAUAGGUUACAGACGACCGACGUGUUGGCAACAUUCGCCCCGGCGCCUGUGUUCAUCAACGAACAUCUCACCAAACACAACAGGGAGCUUCUGAGACAGGCAAAGAGUCUGGUGCGAAGUGGAAGUCUUGCCUACGCCUGGGUUAAGGAGGGAAAGGUGUUUGUGAGGAAGACUCAAGACUCCUACGCCAUCAGGAUCUUCUGGUCGCUGGAUGAGAUCGACGUCAGGACGCCGCCGAUGAGUGAGAUGACGAACAUGCCUGUGGUUGCCGCCCCCGUGGACAAUUUACCAUAG